GGUGGGUAGUGCUGCAGGAAGGCCAAAAUGAGAGGGGAAGGGGCUACCUGCAAGAAGGUCCAUAUAUUGUGGUUUAUAAAGACACCAUUAUGGAUGGGUUAACUGGAAAAGUACGUCUAAGAAGCUGAUUGGCUGAGCCUACAAACAGCUAGGGAUCUGAUUGGUCAAUUUCUCUGCCAUGCUACUGAGGAACCGUUUGAGCAGGUUUUUUUUUCCUCAGAGUGAGUGUGUGUAUGCUGACUGGAAACAGCCAGGAGAGAAGAUGGCUGCCAGAUCUCAGUGGCCCUGUUAUUUUAAUUGUUGUUGGGGCUGCUCGCACCUCUCCGGUCACCUCCAAAAUAGCAGCUGUCACGAUGGGGCAGAUGAGAAGGGCUUCCUGUCUUCUUUACCGCUCUUCACCAGUAUGAUGCAUAGCCACACCUAUCACUAUGUCUUAUUUUUGGGAUAUGGCUUAUAUUGUACAAAUGCUUAGAAAUCCUGCUAUGGCUUAUUUUAUAGGUACAGUAGAGUCUCACUUAUCCAACAUAAACGGGCCGGCAGAAUGUUGGAUAAGCGAAUAUGUUGGAUAAUAAGGAGGCAUUGAGGAAAAACCUAUUAAAUAUCAAAUUAGGUUAUGAUUUUACAAAUGAAACACCAAAACAUCAUGUUAUACAACAAAUUUGACAGAAAAAGUACUUCAAUACGCAGUAAUGCUAUGUAGUAAUUACUGUAUUUAUGAAUUUAACACCAAAAUAUCACGAUAUAUUGAAAACAUUGACUACAAAAAUGCGUUGGAUAAUCCAGAACAUUGGAUAAGCGAGUGUUGGAUAAGUGAGACUCUACUGUAUGUCUUAUUUUUGGGGAAACAGGGUAUCUCUAUUCAAACCCCCCUCCACAUAAGGCUACUGUUAGACAUCUGAAUUUGUGUUGUGAUCAAGAUGUCUUUCUCUGUCUUGGUAAGAUAUUCCUUAUGUGAUUCUUAUUGACAUCUUACGUGAUCAAUUUGUGUAUUCUCUCUUUAAAAAAAAAAAAGCUACCACCUGCCUGCUGAAUAGUUGCUAUAUUUGAACAUUUUUUAUGUGAUCUGGAGCAAUUUUCGAAAAGCAGAUUUGUAGAAGACCCAUAAGAGAGUAUUUUUCAGUAAUCACACUGCAAGUAUCAAUUGUUCAAAAUAAUUUUGACUCAAAUCUCUGGACAAAGCUCAACCUAUGAUUUCUGAGAAGUUCUUCUAGUGUUGUAGCAUACUUGAUCUGCCAGACAACUUAGCAAACCUCAUUGCAGUUACUUAAUUUUGAGAGUCCUCAGAGAUCCAACUCCCAAGAAGGUUUGUUCAGUAAGUGAUUAUAAAUGCCCACUGAAGAGGCAAAAGGUGUGUGUAUGUGUGCAUCAUAUUUUGAAUUGCAGUUAUUUAUUUAUGUAUUUGCUUUCCCAGAAAUUAUUAGCAGUAUAAAAUACAUUAACAAGAUAAUGAGCUUUAAGCAUUCUUUCAAAGAAGCCUCAGCAUACAAAUCUUUACUGCUUGAAGAUCGCAUCAUCAGAUACACAUUACCUUUUUAUGUGCACCUAAUAAGCUAAAUAUCAGAAAUCCACAGCCAUAUCACACCUCGGGGCGUGCGGACAUUGGGUAAGUAUUGUUGUGUAGCCUUGAUCCUGCUUUGUAAAAAUGGAAAAUCUGUACAAUUUUAAGGACAAUUGAAAUAUUUUCUAUUAUACUCUUUUGUGAACAUACAGAAAUUGUAACUAUAUGCCUACGUACAUAUUUGCAUGUAAAAUGGUAUAUUUCUUUUAAUAGUAAGUUUUGAGAUAUUAUCUAAUAGUUAUUCAGAGUUGGUUUCUGAUAAUCAUAUCAAGAACUACAGAAAUACUAUAGUUAAUUUAGGUUUUUGUUGAGGAGAAAAUACAUUCUUUGGCUAGUUAUUAUCUACAAAGGAAAUGCAAGGGAUCAGUGUUAUAAUGAACAAGAGGGAGCCUGCAACUUGUCACAUCAAGAAUAUCAGGCAGCUUCUAAUGUAACAGAUAGAAAGGAGUAGUAGAUCACAGUGUUGUUGGGAUUUCUUUGGACAGAUCACUGGGACCAAAUUUGUAUGUUGUUGCAUUGAGGUUUUCCUUGUUCUUUCACUUUAAAAUUCCACCUCUCUGCCUUUUCUUACAUUCUGCUUUCCCUGAAGUCCAGAAGAAUUAGGGUAAUCUCUAAAAUUAAUUCUUUUUGUGUCAAAUUUCAGCUUCUCUAGUUUCAUUUUCCACAGGGAAGAAAUCGGAAUAAGGUGGAUUUUAGAAACAUGAUUACAUUAAUUUAUUGCUUCAUGAUGCAAGAUGUGAAAUAUAGGUGCCUGCCUGAUAUUUGUGCACGGAUGUAGCAUAUUUAUAGUGAGGAAGAAUGGCUUUAUUUGCACAGUAGCUCUUGUUAAUUUCUUUCUUAUUCUGAGAGAUCUUAAAAAUUUAAAAAUGGCAAAUAUUCUAAUUCAGAAAAUAAUAUUUGUGCUUCUUUUUAACUUGCAAAUUUAAAAUUGUUCUGUCAUUUCUUCAUGCAAGUUGUUAUCUUUCAUUACUGUUUAUGGUGAGUCUAAAGAGUAUUGCCAGCCCACUGACUUUCAACCAUUGUGAUGGGACCCAUCAGGUUUAAGUUAACACCACAGAAGAAGGAAAGCUGGGAGAGUAGGAGAAAGAUCGAUGUUGAGAUCCUGCAUCUUUGUGUUUGAAGUUUUAACACUUUUUGCUGUGUAGUUGGGUUAGGAUACAUGUGGACACUGGUCUCUCAAUUUGGAUAGUUAUACUGUGGCCAUGGAGUGGCUGAGGGAGGACAUGGGGUGAUGGGAAAGUAUUUGAUUUCAUGAUCUCUCAGAUAAACUAUCUGUCAGUGACUAUGCUGGAGAUCUGGUUGGGCAUGGGCAACAGCUCCUCUUUCUUUAUUAUGGUAGUUGGACACUGUCUGGGGAGGUCUCAUCUGACAGUUUACUUCUUCUAUCCUGCAACUGAAAAAGUGCAAACGGAUGUGUACAGUGAUGGCCCUGCACAUGACACUUUGGACAGUUAUCUCUUUUGAAUGAAAAUCAGGAUUUGUGCUUGUGUCGAUCUUGAACAGCAUGUAUUCAUUUUGUUUGUUUUUAAAGAAAAUGAUCAUCAUAGAAUAAGGAAAGGAAAAGAUGCUGUUACUGAAUCUACAUUUUCUUCACAAUGUUUUAGCUAUUCCUACGGAUCUGGAUUGUUUGCAAGAUGGAGAGAGCCAACACCACACUGGUGAAGGACUUUUACCUAACUGAGCUGUCAGACCUGCCAGAAGUGCGGAUUUCCCUCUUUGUGAUGGUUCUGCUGAUCUACUUGGUCACCCUGGCAGGGAACGGGGCUAUUCUCCUGGCAAUUUGGACAGAUGAUCAUCUCCAGACCCCCAUGUACCUCUUCCUCAGCAGUUUGUCUUUGCUAGACAUUCUUUGCCCAACUGUCACUGUGCCAAAAAUGCUCCACGUUUUCUUGUCACAGGACAAGAGAAUAUCAUUUGAGGGUUGCAUGCUACAAUUAUUCUUUCUGAUUGAUAUGGUGGGUACUGAAAUUUUCUUGCUAGCAGUGAUGGCCUAUGACCGCUAUGUAGCCAUAUGUAGCCCUUUACACUACACAAACAUUAUGAGUAAACGGGGUUGUGCGCAGCUGACUGCUGGAACCUGGCUAACAGGUGUCAUUAAUUCCAUGGUUCAUACCUCAAUGACUUUUACAUUAUCAUUCUGUGGGCCAAAUAAAAUCAGCCAAUAUUACUGUGAUAUUCUGCCAGUCAGGGCCCUUUCUUGCUCUUCAACAUACUUCCCUGAACUAGUCCGUCUUCUUAUAGCAGGCAUUUUAGGAGGUGGUGCUUUUCUUGUCACUGUGAUUUCUUACAUCUAUAUCAUUUCUGCUAUCUUGCGUAUGCACUCCGCUGACGGCAGGGGCAAAGCCUUUUCUACUUGUGGAUCCCACUUGACUGUAGUUUGCUUAUUCUAUGGGACUACCAUUGCUACCUAUGUCCGGCCCCCCUCAGCCUAUUCUCCCAAGCAGGACAGAAUUGUUUCCAUGUUAUAUGGGAUUAUAACACCCAUGGUGAACCCUAUGAUCUACAGUCUGAGGAAUAAGGAAGUGAAAAGAGCCUUAGUCAAAGCACUUAGUCCAAAAAGGUUUUAAUAAUAUGUUUAGGCUCAAUUCUUCUCACCAUUUGCUCUUGGAACAUGUGGCUUCAUUACAUUUGUUUAAAAGUAUAAUAAAUAUGCAACAAUUAACAAUAUUCAGCAUUGUUUAAAUGGAAGGAUAGUUUAACAUCAUUGGGUUAGAUGUUUUAACUGAAUACACAGCCAAAAUGUUCUUUCAUUGGCUUCAAAAGGAUGCAAUCAGAUGUAUUAACAAGGAAAGAAUUGCUUUAAUAAAAAGUUUUUUAAUGUAAUAAGGGCAUAAAGAAAACUUUGUAUAAUGAUAAUUGUCUCCUCAUUUUCUUUACCCCCUUCCUUCUACUUUUGUGACAUAUUUAAUAUUUGUGACAAUUUAAUCUACUAACAUUUUCAUUUUUCUUCCUUUUUAUUGUAUAAAUUGAAAUUUUUUAAUUAAAAAAAAGAUACAAUCAGAAAAAGGAAUGUACCUUAAUCUUAUAUACAUCACAUGACCUCGUCCCCCUUACACUGUAUA